AUGGACUCUCCCUGGAACUUCCCUCCUACAUUCUACGACAAGUUGUCGAAGGUAUGGCUCACUCCUUUGGCUUUACAAGAGCUCGACCGGCAGAGUGCUCCCCAACAUCAACUGAAGCUCGGCGUGUCUAAGACCAGUCAUGCCAGUGCUAGGCGAGGGGGAAGCUCGACUCUUGACAGCACGAGGUUUGCAAGCGCGUGUGGCCCUGACAUAUGCGAUAUCCGAGGGCUACCGCGGACUGAUCAGUCUAUGCAGUAUCAUGAGCCAACAAGGCGGGAAACCACCAAGCCAACUCGCGUUUCUGCGCAGAAACGCUCUAUUGCCUAUGAUGCCAACUUCCGACAGCACUGUGAGGAUCACCACAUGUAUCCUCCAUUUUAUAGGUUCCCCGAUAGCCGUCGGCCGCCCAAACCGGCGAAUCUGAAUGAAAUUCGGCAGGCUUUGAAAGUUCCAAGCGGGUCACUUUCGCCAUCUACUGCGUCCGAGUCAGCCUUUGAAGACUUUCAAUGCACAAGCAUGACUGGUUCUGAAAGCACAUUGAUGGCCAAAGUCAUCCCGUUUAUCACUGGCGAUACUGACAUCCCUAACGAGGGACAUCUUCCAUUCACCAACCUAGAUGAACGGACCAAGAACAUCACGUUGAGACCAAAUCCCGAUUUCUUUGACGGAGCUCGUCCCGAGGCGAUAGACCAAGGAGUCCGAGAAGCGCUGUACAGGACGGUCGUGCCUACGGUGAAGACAGACGCUCCCAUAGCGCCUAACUUAUUCCUGGAAGUCGAGUCUACUACUGGCACACUCGACGUUGCCAAAGCGCAGGUAAUACUGGACGGCGCACACGGGGUUAUGAUGAUGCAUGCCUUGCAAAAUCACCUUCUGGAGAAGCCCGUGUAUGAUGACAAUGCCUACUCCUUCACGGCAAUCUUCCAUGGCGGCUGUCUCUACAUAUAUGCCCACUACCUCACAGCUCCUGCUGAGCUCGGUCAGAACCCUAGAUGUCAUAUGGCUCAGCUUCAUAUUUACGCUUUGACAGCUAGCCAUGAAGCUUGGCUAGAUGGUGUUGGCGCGUUCAGGAAUUUGAGAAAGCUGGCCAAGAAGUACCGUGACCAGUUCAUCGAAACAGCAAACGCGAGGGUGCGCAGGCGGCGCGCAGAAGCGACAGCCAUUGAAGGCGGUACUCGUGCAACUGAGGAGAAGUCGAACGAGGUAUCGGGUCCAGCCAUUGUCUCUGGUUGUCCGUCACUUCCCGAAUCGUCCGACAGCAACCCAGAGACGGAGGAGACCAAUAAUGAGCUCGACGGACCUCACCUUGAUAGACACGGUCAGGGCGAGGCGGGAGAUCGAGCGCACUCCCGGCUGGCUACCGAAGCCUCGACUGGUGUUGAGACAAACUUGGCCUCCAGUCUCGCAUCCGAGGCCCGCGAGAAGGAUCGCAAUUCUCCUCAUCCUCAACCUCAUGCACCACGCAGCCCCCCAUCUCCUUUAUCUCCGCGACUAGCUAAGAAGAAGCGCGGUGGUGAUGACGGAUAG